CUCCAGUGCGCAGCCGCAGCCCGGGUGACGAAGAUGGUGCUCAUCAAGGAAUACCGUGUAGUGUUGCCGGUCUCUGUGGAAGAGUAUCAAGUCGGGCAGCUGUACUCUGUAGCUGAGGCCAGCAAGAAUGAAACGGGAGGAGGAGAAGGCAUCGAGGUGCUAAAGAAUGAACCCUAUGAGAAGGAUGGGGAGAAGGGACAAUACACACAUAAAAUUUACCAUCUAAAGAGUAAAGUCCCUGGGUAUGUGAAGAUGAUUGCACCAGAGGGAGCAUUAGUUUUUCACGAAAAGGCUUGGAACGCCUACCCAUACUGUCGUACCAUUGUUACGAAUGAGUACAUGAAGGACGACUUCAUGAUAAAGAUCGAGACGUGGCACAAACCUGACAUGGGAACAAUAGAAAAUGUCCACGACCUGGAUGAGCAGACGUGGAGUACUGUAGAGGUGGUUCCCAUAGAUAUUGCAAGCAAAGAAGAAGUGGCUGGUGGGGAUUAUAAACCAGAAGAAGAUCCUGCUCUUUUCCACUCCGCUAAGACAGACCGAGGACCUCUAGGCCCUGACUGGAAGAAUGAGCUGAAGACAGAUUGUCCAUAUAUGUGUGCAUACAAACUGGUCACUGUCAAGUUCAGAUGGUGGGGUCUGCAGACCAAAGUGGAAAACUUCAUCCACAGGCAAGAAAAGCGCAUUUUCACCAACUUCCACCGUCAGCUGUUUUGCUGGAUUGACAAAUGGUUUGGUUUGACCAUGGAGGACAUCAGGCGGAUGGAAGAAGAGACCCAGAAAGAGCUUGAAGAGAUGCGUCAGAAGGGAGAUGUGCGAGGCACCUCUGCAACAGACGAGUAGAGGUCCGCUGCUGUAGGUCAUACACUAGAGGCAGGCUGACUGCGUAAAAAAGGUCCGAUUCGAGGCACCAGUGCUGCUCACGAGCAAUGAGGCAAAUCAACCAAACCCUGUCAUGAUGAUGUCAUCAGAGACACGUCCACCACCGAUGAGGAAGUGGCCCCCGACGCCUGCUCUUCUCUUCCUGUCUCACAUGAUUCAUUGGGGGGUUUGAAAAGAUUGGUUACCAGUACUGUACAGAUUCUACCCCAAUCACACGCCUCCCGUUCACUCAGAAAAAAAAAAUUAAAAAAACAAAAAAUAAAUGGUUUUGCAUACAUAAAAAAAGAAAAAAAAACUCUUUGCACAGAACGUAAAUUGCCUGAUAUGUAAUUGUUAGUUGAUUAUUACAAUGGGCUUUGUUUUUAUUCAGGUGUAUAAACCAUGACUCAGAAAGUCAAGCCUUUUACUCAUUAGAAUGUUGUUUUUAGUUAUACAGAUUCCCACCAAAAUUGGUAUAAGAUAACUUUAGCAGAUAUGGGACCAUUGUGUCCUGACCUUCUCAUUACCUGACCUGUAUUAUAACUGACUGUCUCUACUUUAAUCCUCGUCUCUCCUCUCAGUCUAUAUUCUAGUUCUGAUAAAUUUUUGUCUAGAUCUCCUCCCCCUUGUCUCACUGUUCCCUCUGUCUGGCAGUUGGUUGCAAAUACUGAUGUCUUUUUCUUAUAGUUUUGAUGAGGCUAAAUCAUGCCUAUUAAAGGUUCCAAGCAAAUACAAUGCUCAUGCAUGAUAGAUAAUUAUUUUUUCUCACACAUGCACACACUUCUGGACAUGCAGACUGGCCCGUUCUUCUGUCACAAGUGCAUGUGGACAACAGCAACUCCUCACUAACUGUCAUUGCAUGUGUGUAGUCGCUGCAAUGCAGCUUUGCUCAAGUGGAUUGUUUGUGUUGAUUAGAGAGGGGGUUAGCCCUCUCUAAGAGAGUCUGUACAAUACACCUGUGUGUUAGUGUGUGCAUUUGUGUGCUUGUUUUUGUUCUCAACUGCCUUCACUCUUUGAUGACUGUCACUCUGAGGACAGAGAUGGAAAAUGUUCAGCUUUCACUAUCAAGGAGUGUUGCCACUCCCAUAAACAGCCAGUUGAACUUGCCUCAUGCUGUUGCUGCAUGUCCUUUCUCUUUGGCUAGGGCUUUAACUGGAGGGCUCUCACAGCCCCCACAAAAGCUUUUUUUUUACUAAAACAAAUGAGGAUGAGAGAUUGUGCGUUGCUGCGUGCAUGAAUUUAAGGUAGUUUUUUUUUUUUUUUUUUUUAUCUUUAUUUAACUACCUUUUCCCCUCUCAACUGACAGAGCAAACGGGUCCAGGCAGAUCUGCGAUGUUUAUUGCAGUUGUGGAUUGACAAGCAUUUUGGGUGUAUAGUUUUAUUUUUAUUUUUGCCAUGUAUAGUGAUUUUUUUAAGCAAUUCAUGUACCUUAACUACAAGAAAGAAUGAGGUCUGUCUGAUCAUUUCUUGACUAUAUCUUGUUGAGGAUGAAAUGAGUUUGGCAACGGUUAAUCAAAUUUUAUUUUUAUUGUUAGACUGUUUUGGGAUGAUCUGAAAACAGAUGGCGUUUUUAUCCCGCGUCACUACCUUCUGGCUGCAUCCACUUCAGGUUGCUCAAAUUAGCUUUCUCUAUUUUGCUUUUAGCUUAAUUGCAGAUCCAGUUGGGCUGCAGGUAAAAUAUUUUGUGAUGUUUUGUACAAACAUGAGGUAGCUUAGUGCAGUAAUAGGGCUGCUUAUAAGAUGUUUAUUCGAUCAGGUAUGAGAACAAGUGUCUCCAAAAUUCUUAGAUUUUGAUGUAACCUAUUUGUGUGGUUUACAUUUGACAGGUUUAAAGAGAGUUGUAAGUGUACUUUUCUGUAGGCCUAUUAUAGAAAUGGACAAGUUGUAUAUACAAAUAAUGACUGAUACUAUGCGCUGUCAGGUCUAUUAUUCAAUACUGUACUGGUAAAAGUAACUUUUAUGAAGUUCUGUUAUUGUCAGAGCGGGUAACGUCAGCUCUGUGGACAGUAUGCUGUCUGAUGACAGUGUGACAAGUUGUACUGUCCAUGUGUGGUUGAUCAUGCCAUAGUUUAACUGUACCUCAUCCAUGCUAAUGAAUGUACAGAUGUACAGAUUAGGAGAUAGAGGUGUAAAACUGUGUGCCAGGUGUCUGAACUGCAGGAACACAGACAUGUUUAACACCUGUACAAGCAUGACAUGGACCCAUUCUACCACUUAUACACAAAGAUUAAACAAAAUGCAUAUUCUUCAUACUAACAAAUUAAUUUGGAUCUGCAUUUUCAACCAUCCCUUUAUUCCUUCUUCUCCUUCCUUUAAUCUUUUAUUCUGGAUAUCAUUAUUUCUGUUUGGUCAGCACAUCAGUGCUUCGGAGAAGCUCUCAAACUGCAUCAGACAAUAAGGGAAACCUUUACAGGGAGGCUUCUUGUCAUCAUCAGACCAGUUUCAGCUCGACCUCAGAUUACUCCUGAGGAGUGAACAGUCUGACUGUGUUUGAUAAUGACUGAAGUCUCCCUGUAGACUAGAAUUAGCUGUGUGAUGUACAGUUUUGUAGCAUUACCAGUGAUGCCAGCCAGGGUAUGACUGUGAGGGGAGGGAUGGACACUUAGGGAACAGAUGGAAUCCAAAAUACUGUUUUCUUUAUUCUAGUCAUGAAUACACACUUGCAAAAUCUACUGUUAUACUAUUAUGUUUUAUUUUUUGAAAGACAAAGAUUCACAAUGUAUUCACUUUUCUCUUUUCUGAUAUGGCAAAAUUCAGGGGAAUUAGUAGUGAAUGUAAUACAAUUAGUUCAUUUUUUUUUCUUUUUCACAGCUUUUAAGCUGUGACAGAAGGUCUAGACAAUGGAACAUAACAGAAUAUCUAAUAAAUUUGAACAAAUAAAUUCUGU